AUGGCUGCUUCCAGUAUGACAGGUGUGAGUGGCUGUGGAAGUACUAGCCCAUGUCCUGAUGAUGAGUUCAUGUUUCCAGUAACAUCAUUGGAAUCCACACCAGUUAAACUGUCACAUACACGGUUUAGUUUUUAUACUAGUCCAGACUAUCAUUACCGUGUGCUACGAAAAGCAGCAACAGAAUUUGACAUUAAUGAUGAUGAAGGGUACAGGAACAGUUCUGAAUUGCAGGAAUUGUUUCCAAAAGAAUCGCCACAGCAUAGCUAUUUAAAGACAGAAACCUGUGACGUUACUAAAGGUAGUCCAGCCAACAAGAAAAAUCCAAGAAACGCAAACGGACGUACCACCACGGACUUAAACACACUGAAAUACUCAAAGAAUUUAAUAUGGCUUGACAUCUACAGGAAAGUGCCAAAGGAUCUGACACAGCCAACCUACACUGGAGCUAUUGUUUCCAUCUGCUGUUGUGUCUUUAUUUCAUUCCUCUUCCUCUCAGAGCUCGCUGGAUUCAUUGCUACUGAACUCAUUAAUGAAUUAUACGUAGAUGAUCCUGACAAAAACAGUGGUGGAAAGUUAGAAGUGAACCUGAAUGUCAGUUUACUACAACUGGAGUGUGAAGUUGUUGGCUUAGAUAUCCAGGAUGAGAUGGGAAGACACGAAGUCGGUCAUAUUGAAAACUCGAUGAAAAUACCUUUGAACGAUGGAAGAGGCUGCAGAUUUGAAGGAAAGUUCAGCAUCAACAAGGUUCCCGGUAACUUCCAUGUAUCGACACACAGUGCCACAGCACAGCCUAUGAACCCAGACAUGACCCACAUUAUUCACAGGUUAACAUUUGGCGACAGAUUAGAGGUUCCAAAUGUCCAUGGUGCAUUUGAUGCUUUAGCUGGAGCAGACAAGGCAAAUGCAAACCCCUUGGCAUCACAUGACUACAUACUAAAAAUCGUUCCCACAGUAUAUGAAGAUAUGAAUGGAAAGCAACGUUUUUCUUACCAGUAUACUGUAGCUAAUAAGGAAUAUGUAGCAUACAGUCACACAGGUCGUAUUAUUCCUGCUAUAUGGUUCCGAUAUGACAUCAGUCCUAUCACAGUGAAGUACACAGAAAGGCGACCGCCUUUAUACAAAUUUAUUACAACGGUUUGUGCCAUCAUUGGAGGGACCUUCACAGUUGCUGGAAUUAUUGACUCCCUUAUUUUCACAGCAUCCGAAGCCUGGAGGAAGAUACAGCUGGGAAAAAUACACUGAAAUUGACAUGUAUCCAUCUGCAGCUCAAUCAUCCAAGAACUGGAUUGAGUGGAUAUUUUGGAGUUGUCUGGAGAUGAUUGUUAAUGAUUUUUUAUCCAGUGCCACACAAUUUGAUUCAACACAGUUCAGGAUAAACCUGUUGCUGUCUUGAUGGUGCCUUUUAUUCUAUUUUUUUUUUCCUUUCAGUACCAUUUCUUGUACAUAGCUGCCAGAAAUAGUUACUUAUCGUGUUUUCAUAAAUUAAAAAAGAAACUGCCUUAGAGGUAAGCCCUACAGUGUUGUAAAAGGAGAAACUGAGAACUUGAUAAAGAAAUUUAUGUUACAGUUCCAUGUAUUUAUUUAUUUGAGACACAUUACUAGUGGCAAAUUGCUACUUAUCACCUGGCAAAGGUUCCAAUGUAUUACCAGCACUGGUUAGUGGGAAGGUAAGUUGGUUAAUAUUGCCCUCUACUGACUGGAAAGUGUAAUUUAGAACUGUGACACUCGGUACAGAAAUGUGCCAUAACAAACUGAAGGAAAAAUGCCUAGUACUUUAAAAGAAACUGCAUUUUUUAUUAUUAUUAUUAUUAUUAUUAUUAUCUUUUAAGAUUAGUGAUAAUGUAGAACUUACUUUCCAGUACGUUUUAUGGUUGUCAUUAUGCAAUAUAUGGAAGUCUGCAAGGUUUGGUUUGUGGGAACUGUUCAAACAGAAAUUUUCCAAAUAUUUAACAAAACAAUUUUUUAACUGUUCUGUGGGAUUAUUUUGUCAUGUUUUUUUUUCCUUUGACUUCAGACAUUUGCCCUUGCUACUUGUUAGAGUAAUCAGUUAUCUGAAGGCUCAGACAUUUGUAUUACAUGGAUAGGAGGUACCUUAACUCACUGCUAUGAAUACUGGCAUGCCCAAUGGGGUUUGUAAUGAUGCCUCUGAAGAUCAUUGAUUCUUCCUAUCAAGUGGGACAUUGAUAGCUUUACUAUGUGCAUUGUUUCAUAAUCAGUUUCAGUGGACAUGAUGAAUUCUUUAACAGCCAGUCUUUUUUGUGGGGUAUCAUUUAAUAGCCGUGUCAGCUUACUGGAAAGUAAUAAAGAAGAUUUACAGGAA